AUGGUGCUCUCAAAAAUUUCUUCUCAGUCCGAUGUCUCUGUGCACUCUACCUUCGCCUCUCGCUACGUCCGAGAGUCCUUUCCAAGGUACAAGAUGCCAGAGAACUCGAUACCUAAGGAGGCGGCGUACCAGAUCAUAAACGAUGAGCUGAUGCUCGAUGGGAAGCCAAGGCUGAACUUGGCAUCUUUUGUGACUACUUGGAUGGAGCCUGAAUGUGAUAAACUUAUUAUGGACUCCAUCAACAAAAACUAUGUUGACAUGGACGAGUACCCCGUUACUACUGAGCUUCAGAAUCGAUGUGUGAACAUGAUAGCACACCUAUUCAAUGCUCCAUUGGGCGAAUCCGAGGCUGCAGUCGGGGUUGGUACCGUAGGAUCAUCUGAGGCAAUAAUGCUUGCUGGUCUUGCAUUCAAGAGAAAGUGGCAGAAUAAGCGCAAGGCUGAAGGGAAACCCUGUGACAAGCCUAAUAUUGUCACCGGCGCCAAUGUUCAGGUAUGCUGGGAGAAAUUUGCAAGGUACUUUGAGGUAGAACUGAAGGAAGUGAAGCUGAGCGAGGACUACUAUGUAAUGGACCCUGUGAAAGCCGUGGAAAUGGUGGAUGAGAACACAAUCUGUGUUGCAGCCAUCUUGGGUUCUACACUCAAUGGAGAAUUUGAAGAUGUCAAGCUUUUGAAUGAUCUUUUGGUUGAGAAGAACAAAAUCAGUGGGUGGGAUACCCCAAUUCAUGUUGAUGCAGCCAGUGGUGGAUUUAUUGCUCCAUUCCUGUGGCCAGAGCUUGAAUGGGAUUUCAGACUUCCAUUAGUGAAGAGCAUUAAUGUCAGUGGCCACAAAUAUGGCCUUGUCUACGCUGGAGUUGGGUGGGUUAUUUGGAGGAGCAAGGAAGACUUGCCAGAAGAACUCAUCUUCCACAUAAACUACCUUGGAACCGAUCAACCCACUUUCACUCUGAACUUCUCAAAAGGUUCUAGUCAAAUUAUUGCUCAGUACUAUCAACUAAUCCGCUUGGGCCAUGAGGGGUACCGAAAUGUGAUGGAGAACUGCCAUGAAAACGCUAUGGUGCUGAAAGAAGGAUUGGAGAAGACGGGGCGCUUUAAGAUUGUGUCAAAGGACGUCGGGGUGCCUGUUGUGGCCUUUUCACUCAAGGACAAGAGCUGGGGGCACGACGAGUUUGAAAUAGCAGAAACGCUUCGUCGCUUUGGUUGGAUUGUGCCAGCCUACACCAUGCCAGCAGAUGCUAAGCACAUUACCGUGCUUCGUGUUGUUAUCAGAGAAGAUUUCUCCUGCACCCUCGCUGAGCGACUUGUUCUUGACAUAACAAAGGUUUUGCAUGAGCUCGAUGCACUCCCUGCAAAACUCUUAGCUAAAACGUAUGUCCAAAGCGUGGAGAAUGGAAAGAUUAACGGCACUGUGGAAGGAAAGAAUGGCACUGUGGUCAAGAAAACAGCCAUUGAGACGCAAAGGGAAAUCACUACUUACUGGAAGAACUUUGUCACGGCCCAGAAAUCCAACAGAAAUAAAAUUUGUUAG